CACAGGGACAGAGAGACACCGGGAUACGGGGACAGGGAGACACGGGGACAGGGAGACACUGAGACGCGGGGGACAGGGAGACACGGGGACAGGGAGACACGGGGACAGAGAGACAGCGAGACACGUGGACAAGGAGACGGAGACUCGCCUGCCUCGCGAUGGGACCUCGCACCGCGUGGAUGUUCGUCUUGUACGGCUCCUGCUCGCUUCUUACCUUCACCGCAGGGCAGGAUCUGAGCUCGUGUUGCGCCUCGGGGAGAAUGCGCGCGGCUGGCGAGGGGCAAUGCUCGCAGGACGCGAGAGGAACCGCGGGUGCUGAGGACAACCCGUGCAGCGUCACGACGUUGCUGUGCUGCCUGGCCUCUGUGCGGAGAGCGGCGUGCGAGCUCGGGAUGGAGCUGGCGACACGCGGCGGCGAGACGUGCAAUGCCAGCGAAGGUUGCCAGUCCUGCUGCAGCUGCUGCCGCCUGGGCAAGCAGGCCCAAAGCCUGGGCCUGGCUUGCGCGGCCCUGCCCGGCCUGGGCUCGCUGUGCGGGCAGGCGUUCGAGGCGUGCUGCCGUGGUGGGGACCGCCUGCCCCCCGUGCGGUUCGACGAACCGACCGUGGAGGGUGGGAGCCGCGUCGCCGUGCCAACCAGGGCCCCAUCGCCGGGGCUCACCGCGCUGCGGACUGCCGCCCCCCUGCAAGAGAACGGACGCAGAGUGGAGCAGGAAAGCCGCUCGGGGGAUGUCGUGCGGCUGCCCUUGGACCCAUGCAAAGGGUCCGCCCGCUGCGACCACAAGUGCGAGGACGUGCGCGGGGCGGCCGUCUGCUCGUGCCUCCCGGGGUUCCAGCUGCAGGCCGACGCCAGGGCCUGCGCGGAUGUGAACGAGUGUGCGGCGGUGCCAGCGCCGUGCCCGCAGGACCACCGCUGCGUGAACACGCUGGGCUCCUUCGCCUGCCAGCAGGACAGCGCCACUUGCGGGCGGGGAUUCCGCGCCAGCCCCGACGGCUCCCAGUGCCUCGACGUGGAUGAGUGCUCGGGGGGGCCUCCCCGCCCGUGCGGCCCCACGCGCCUCUGCGUUAACACGGCCGGCGGCUUCCGCUGCGACUGCUUGCCGGGGUUCGCCUACGAAGGCAUCGGCGGGCUGUGCGUCGAUGUGAAUGAGUGCAGGCAGUACCCUGGACGCCUCUGCGCGCACACCUGUGAGAACACCCCAGGAUCCUACUACUGCACCUGCAGCCUGGGUUUCCGAUUGGCUGCCGAUGGGAGGAGUUGUGAAGACGUGAAUGAGUGCGAGGGCAACCCAUGCUCGCAGGAGUGUGCCAACGUGUACGGCUCGUACCAGUGCUACUGCCGCCGCGGAUUCCGUCCCAGCGAGAGCAACCCCAGGGCAUGUGAAGACAUUGACGAGUGCACGCUGUUCUCCGGCGGGAACCUGUGCACCCAUCGCUGCCUCAACUCAAUCGGCAGCUUCCAAUGCACCUGCCCCGAGCCGGGCUACACCGUGAUCAACGGAGGCCGCGGCUGCCAAGACAUCGACGAGUGUGCCACGCGCAGGCACGACUGCUCGGCCACAGAGACGUGCUUCAACGUGCAGGGCGGAUUCCGCUGCCUGUCCUUCCGGUGCCCCCCCAACUACCGCCACAUGGGCGAGAGGGCGGACCCCCGCAAGACCGAGUCUCUCCGCUGCCUGAAGCUGGACUGCGCCGUGACGGACGGCGCCUGCUGGACCGACCCCGUGAGCGCCAUUUCCUUCACCUUCAUCUCGCUGCCGGCGUACCCCGACCUGCAGGCGCCAGAAGGUGUGAUUUACCUGCGGGUGGCGUCCCCCGCCAUCCCCACGGCGACGGGGCUGGACGUGUCGUUCCGCAUCACGGAGGGGAACGAGUUGGGGCUGUUCGACGUCAUCAAGACGGAGGAAAACGGCGUCUCUACGGGCAAGGUGCGGCUCCUGCGCUCCGUGACGGGGCCCGUGUCCACCGUGCUGCGCCUGGAGAUGGACUACCAGCGGGGCAGGGCGCUGUCGCACCGCAACGUGGUCUACGCGCAUGUCUACCUCUCCCCCUACUGGUUCUGAGGUCCCGGGGUGCGGCGAUCGCCAUCCCACCCGCCCCACCGUCCCACCUCCCCCUCGACGAUGGUGAUGAUGAUCCGUAAUACAGUAAAACCUUGGAUUGCGAGCGAAUUGGUCUGCGAGUGUUUUGCAAGACGAGCAAUUUUUUAAAAAUAAAUAUUAAUUUGAUAAACGAGCGAGGUCUUGCAAUACGAGUAGUACGUGCUUUGGAUUACAAACACGUUUCCGGAAAGAAUUAUGCUCGCAAUCCAAGGUUUUACUGUUGAGGUUUUUUUCUGGUUAGAUCGUUGUAAAUAUAAGUGUGUCAUGAAACCCGCCACCACCGGGCACAGGCAAUUGGUAAGGUUUGUCACGUAAACAGAACCUGCAAAUUGGUUACUAGUUCAGCACACCGGUGUGUUGGAGAGUAAACCCACAUUUACAAUUCGAGUACCACGGCGUUUCGUGAUGAUGUCGAACAGAGGGACAGCGAUGAUAUUAACCCUUUCCCCUUCUGAGACAUCUGCAAGUUUGUCGGGUGGGCGUCCCGUUUACCGCUGAAUCUUAGAGCACGCAAGCGGCUCAGCGUUGAUUCUAUUUAGAGAGGCGUAGCGCCGUUCUUUUUUAAAGACAUUGUACUCACCGCAGAGAAGUGUAGCGACACGGCCGCAACUCUAUGAUAGUUGGCGUCAGACUGCGCUACACGCCCUCCCGCGUGGCCUUGUCGGAGCCUCGGUACCGAUAAAGUUAAUUGAUUUUUUCUUCCGGUUUCGUUUUGAUGAUGCACAUGUACGUCAUCGGAACGAAACCAGAAAAGCUAAUGACAUAAAACUACAAUGAUUUUAAAUUGGACGUUUAAAUAUACAUUCGCUUGUUGUGUAUGUACGUAUGUUGAACUUCUCUCCUACCGCACGUAGCCAACUGUGCUAGUCAGAGGUGCUGCAGGGGGAGAACAACAAACACGAGGAGUCGGCCUCAAUGAGACUGGGGAUGACACCGAUGGUUGGAGUCGGGACAUUGGCGGCGACCUAGCGUGGAAAAUAUUUGAGGGUGCAAAACAUUCAUUGGUCAGAGGACGAUACGCCCCCGUUGCGCGGAACUGCUCCGCGUACGAUAGGCAAGUUUCCUUACCCUGCUCUGUCGAGCCAACGGUAUAAACGGGUUCUCCCGCGGUCAGUCGCUCGGUAGGCCACGCGCGGUGCGGUAAAGCGUGGCUUCUCCCACCUACUCCAAGACAUCGCUGCCAACCAAGAAGAGUAGGCCAGUAACACCCCCGUAGAAUCAAGAAGUUGCUCCCCUCCAGUUACGAAAGGCCAUUCCGUGGGCGGGUGGCGUAAGUGUGCAGUUUCAGGGCUGCGCCUCUAUCCUUUAAAUGUUCCCCUUCCACCCCUACGCGCCCCCCCCUGCCACCGACCAUACCUGUGUGCCAGCCCGGGACGGGGUGUGAACUGUUACCGCUGAGGCUUGGCCGUAACAAUUUCCGCCGCUAAGUUUUCGGCGAUGACAGCAGAGGCUGCCGGUCGUGUUGACGUGCGGCGAAAAAAUAUACAUAACCGGGGAAGGAAGGAGAAACGCCACGCUCGGAGGCCCCCCCACCCACCCCCUACUUGUGAAUAUCUCGGGCGCCAAGUGACGACGGCGUUGUUGUGACAGCUCGCUGUGGGCGAGACGACGGCGGAUUUCAAAAUAACAACGGCCCGGCGCAUAAAAACUUCGCCGAAUUUCCAAAAUACGCCGCGCGUCAAAGGGUGCAGAGCGUGUACAUCGCGAGCAUAUUUUCUGUGAUCACGGUUGCCUAGCGCGGGCCCAAAAGCCCACGAAUGCCAACUGCUCAGCAACGGAUGGAUGGUACUAUUAAACUAAACCAUUUUUUAUUUGACCAGUUGAAGGCCACUGAGCUGUUAGCUCUCGUUUUAGAGGCGACCUGGCCACGCAUGAUAGUUCACCGUAGUGACUGAUAUCAUCUCAUGUGGGAAUGUAUAGUCAUAGCCGAAUAGUAACAUAAUAAUCUAAACGCGUAUUGUUUCAAACGUGGCAGGGGGAAAAACCGGAGGUACUAGGAGAUAAAUCCACGCGACCACCACGGGGAGAGAGAGAACAAGCAGGCUCCAAAGAUACAACAGGCAUUGUCAGGGUCCAGGAUCGAACCCACGACCUGCAUGCGAGGAGAGGCGAGAUCACAUCUCAUUGUAUGUCGAAUUUCUUUCGCACCGUACGUAACCACACGUGCUAAUAGGAGGUGCGAGAAAAUGUGCCUCCCUCACAUAUUUGUGCCUCCACAGAAAAAACUUUCAAAUUGUGUACUCAUCCCAUUAGCGGACACGGCCUUCUGGAAAGUGCAUCAUCAUAAAUUCAGCAGCACUUGUUCAACACACGGAAAGUUCUGGACUAGUUUCGACCCGGCGAACAACACGUUCCUUGAAUUGAACAAGAACUUGGGAAAAGAAGGGAGUCAAGGAGGAGUGUUGUGCCCUGUGGUGCGGUGGUGGAUGAGGUGAAACGGUCCGGUAGGCCGAGUUCUCAACACAGCUGGAGGAAUCAUUUGAGUGAAGUCCAUGGGAACGGUAACCAUGGUAGUAGCUAUAGAAGCGUGACAAAGGAGCCGAACCAUAUACUAAAACUAUAUAUCCGUGUAAUUCUAACACAAUAUAAUUUACACUGCAAUUAACAAUA